AUGAGCGAAGAGGGCUCUGGUUUAGAAGCAGCUCGGAUCAAAUCACUACCUGAAGAUGCAUACUAUAUCUCUGACUUUCUAACAGAGGAGGAAGAGGGGUUCCUACUUCACAAGAUAACUUCUGCCCCCCUCCCCCGCUGGACUCACCUCUCCCACCGUCGUCUCCAAACCUGGCCUUCUGCACUUACUAAAUCAAAUACGCUCAUCGACUCGCCUCUUCCCUCAUGGCUUGUUUCGCCAACUAUCGCACCUCGUUUUGACGCUCUGGGUAUCUUCGCUAACGCGCCCCAUGGCAGGCCAAACCAUGUCCUGAUUAAUGAAUACCAACCAGGCCAGGGGAUUAUGCCGCAUGAGGAUGGGGCUGCGUAUCACCCGCUCGUUGCGACGGUGAGUCUGGGGGCACCCAUUGUGUUGGAUUUAUAUCCGAAACGGAAAGAAGAUGAGACGAGGGAGGAUGAAAGGCCGACGUUUCGAAUCUUGCAAGAGAGACGGAGUUUGUUAGUUACUCGGGGGAAGAUCUAUACGGAGUUCUUGCAUGGGAUUGCGGAGACAGAGAGGGAGGAGGGGCUGGGGCCGGACUCGGUGUGUAAUUGGGACUUGCUACGGGAGGGGCAUCGAUAUCGGGAUGGGUGGUUUGAGAGAGGGACGAGGGUGAGUUUGACGUAUCGGGAUGUGCUCAAGGUUGCUAAGCUGGGGAAUGCGAUGAAGUUUCUGGGGGGGAAUAGAUAG